AUGGAAUCAAUCAUAUACGGAAAGCCAAUCCAAAACAGCUUCAACACGCUGAAAUCACUAACCGCGAACUUCGCUACUUAUGCGAAAGAGCAAAAAUUUUUAGAAGAAGAUGCUAAUCAGUACGAAGAAACACUUCAAGCUAUUGAUCUCAUUAGAAACAGUAUCUCACAAAUAGAAAUCGCAAAAAACAACCUGCAAGAGCUUGUAGACAGGCUGAAACAUGACUACGACAACACCAAAAGCAAAGAAGAUAGAAAGAACAUACUACAGCAAAUGGAAAACAUUGAAAAAGAAACAGACUUUACCGAAGUGAGCAGAGAAGCUACCGAAAUGGUCUUCAUGCUUGAUACUCGUCUCACAGAAGCAAUAUCCAACGAAAAAAGACUAGCUCGCAAACUAGGGCUCUCCCACCAGACUUCUUCUCACAAUGAAGUACACCAGGAACAUGUUAACAGAAUGCAAGUUGCAGCAAGAAUAGAAGCUAUAGUCAACACCCGUCCUUUAACAUCAAUACGCGCAUGUAAAAUCGACGAUAUACCUAUCAGACCUAUAGACUUCCUCGAAAAAAGCCUUCGAUAUGCAUUACCACCAGUAAGUCGUGAAGAGGCUCAAGAUCCCUCAUUCGAUCCUUCUCUCAUACAGACUACAACUCAAGCCAAGCAAGCAUUGGAAUUUGUGGAGAUCAUAUCGGAAGAAUUCUGGGAGCGAUGGCGCGUUGAAUAUCUCACCGCGCUUCGCGAUAUACAAGUAAAAAAUCGAAGGCAACCAAGACAUGCGAAACUAAAAGAACUAACCGUUGGCGAAAUUGUGCUAGUCGAACAAGAAAACUUACCACGCGGAAGCUGGUGUUAUGGAAAGGUUCUUGAGUUGAUCAAAAGCAAUGAUGAAUUGGUAAGGUCAGUAAAGAUACUUAUGCCUAACAAGCACGUCUGGCACAGACCAUUGAACAAGAUCUACCCACUAGAAAUACCUUGUCCUCCCGAUUCACCUACACAGAAUAUCCCACCAGGACAAUGCGAAGAAACAACAGAAAAUGAAAGUUUGGAAACCACCAAGCCAAUAAGAAAAGCCAAAAUGAAAGCGAAAGAGGCGCUGAAAUCUAUGUACUCUGAACAAGCAGUAAACGUUAACUUGUUUGCGACACAUAUGCUAACGAUAUGCCUAUAUCUAGCAAGCGUCGGAACAGCUGUAGCUCUACCCAAAAUGGCGUGCAAAAGCGGCAAGCUUAGUGUAGUAGGCAAACUGUAA